AUGGCGCCUCUGAAUAUCACCAACGUGUGGGUUCUCAAUGCCACCCAUAUCACCGUGGCCAUCAACAAUUACGACAAUGGCACUGCCACGAAGGCCGCCGCCCCCCAAGCAAGCCCAGCGGUUGUGCCCCUUGGCAGACAUGACCAGAUCAUGCUGGGAUUUACCAUCCCAGCAUUUUGUCUUCUUGCGGUAGUCCUUGCGUGGUGGGCAAGGCAAUGUAUUAAACGGGACCACAAGCGCAAGCUGAGCAUUGCGCUUGAGCCAUUCAAGGCGGAAAAUGCCCAUCAGUAUGUAUAUCUGAGCCGUAGGGCUCGCAAAGAUGUCACCCCCUUUGACAUCAAUCUGUUUCCGUUGACGCCCGCCGGCAACCAACCAGAGGAGCCCCCCGAGAAGCUUUUUGUCGCCUCCGCCUCCCUGGCCCUCGCUGGCCUGAUUCUCUCUGCCCACGGGCUCCCUCCCCCGGCCCCUGUCGGCCUGGCUCUCGCUGCCCCAGCCACUGCCGCCUUUCCCCUCUUCCGUUCGCGUAAGGCGAAAUAA